UCCACCUGAAACUAUCACAACGUUGUUAAUCAGCUACACCCCAAUACAAAAUAAAAAGUUUAAAAAGAAAUAAGGCGGUCCCUUCCAAUGUCUUUUAUCUGAUUUUGAGAACUCCGGAAGAUACAUAACAAAUUUAAAAAGUAGUCAUGGUGCGGCGGCGGAGUCGCCAUCGGCUGCAGCGGGAGACUUUGGCGCGAUGUCUCACACCGUCUUGCUGGUACAGCCUACCAAGAGGCCAGAAGGCAGAACUUACGCUGACUAUGAAUCUGUGAAUGAGUGUAUGGAAGGUGUUUGUAAAAUGUAUGAAGAACAUCUGAAGAGAAUGAAUCCCAACAGCCCCUCUAUCACAUAUAUCAGUCAGUUGUUUGAUUUUAUUGAUGACCUGGCAGACCUCAGCUGCCUUGCUUACCGAGCUGAUACCCAGACAUACCAGCCUUAUAACAAAGAUUGGAUUAAAGAGAAGAUCUAUGUGCUCCUUUGUCGACAGGCCCAACAGGCUGGGAAAUAGUUGAGUUUGCAAGCAUUAGGGGAACGGGGGUGGGCUUGAAACACAGGUGUGCGCAGUGUGCUGUAGUGGAAGUUUUAUAUUAUAGUUAUCCUGUUUCCAUUUUGGUAUACCCUAGCCAGAAUUGAAUGUAUUAGAUAAAUCUGAAAACCCCUUUGCCCCCCCCCCCUUUUUUUUACUUAAACAUUUUUAUGAUGAUUUAGAUGGAAGUUGGCUUUUGUCAGUUAACAUUGGUUCCAGUCCCUCAAACUGUUCAUACCUGCUUUAUAACAUCCACUGUACUAAUCCUCCUUCAAGUUGGGGUGGGGAGUGGAGGCGCAGUUUAGUUACGUCCUCAAGAUAAAGUCUUGGUGAAAAACAAAUAAAUGUUCUUUAGUUAAAA